AAAGAGGCGUGGAGAGGAGGGAGGAGGAGGGAGUCCGACCGCGAGCGAGAGAAUAAAUAUAUAAAUAAAGACCAAAAAGAAAUCCACUCCUUAGCCUCUCAGCUCAGGAACUUUGGCCCCGAGCGCGACAGCCAGUGGCUAGCCAGUCGGCUCUGGGGGCCCGGAUCCCGCCGCGUCCCAGCCCGGCCUGGUCGCCCAGUUCUGCUCGGCGCGUCAUCCCGCACAACUUCUAGUCGAGCCCGGCCGGCGGAGGCGGACUUGGGGUUGGAGUGUUUGUUUGUUUGAACUUCCUUGUCGCCACCUUCCCUCCCCGCCAGCCUCCGCCCCCCACCUCACCCCCCUCCCUAGCUUCUGGACGGGAACCACUGCAGCCGGGUGGGGUGGGGUGGGGGGGUUAGGGAGUGUGCGUGGAGGGAGGGGGAAGAGGUUAAGGGGGGGAAAAAAAGAAGAAGGAAAGAAAGAUCGCAGCAGGGGUAAAGGGAGCGGACGAGAAGCGAUUUUUGCCGACUCUGGAUUCGUCCCUGGCGUGCGCAAGAAUGGCGGCCCUUCCCGGCGCGGUACCGAGAAUGAUGCGGCCGGCUCCGGGGCAGAACUAUCCCCGCACGGGAUUUCCUUUGGAAGUGUCCACUCCACUUGGCCAAGGCCGGGUCAAUCAGCUUGGCGGAGUCUUCAUCAACGGGCGACCCCUGCCAAAUCACAUCCGCCACAAGAUAGUGGAGAUGGCCCACCAUGGUAUCAGGCCCUGUGUCAUCUCCCGCCAGCUGCGUGUCUCCCAUGGCUGUGUCUCCAAGAUUCUCUGCCGCUACCAGGAGACCGGGUCCAUCCGGCCUGGGGCCAUUGGCGGCAGCAAGCCCAGACAGGUGGCGACCCCGGACGUGGAGAAAAAGAUCGAGGAGUACAAGAGGGAGAACCCGGGUAUGUUCAGCUGGGAGAUCCGUGACCGCCUGCUGAAGGAUGGCCACUGUGACCGCAGCACGGUACCCUCAGUGAGUUCGAUUAGCCGCGUGCUAAGAAUCAAGUUCGGGAAGAAAGAGGAGGACGACGAAGGGGACAAGAAGGAGGACGAUGGCGAGAAGAAGGCCAAGCACAGCAUCGACGGCAUACUGGGCGACAAAGGGAACCGACUGGACGAGGGCUCAGACGUGGAAUCAGAGCCUGACCUCCCGCUGAAGCGCAAGCAGCGUCGCAGUCGGACCACGUUCACAGCUGAGCAGCUGGAGGAGCUGGAAAAGGCCUUCGAGAGGACCCACUACCCCGACAUCUACACACGCGAGGAGUUGGCGCAGAGGACCAAGCUGACUGAGGCACGCGUCCAGGUAUGGUUCAGUAACCGCCGUGCCCGUUGGCGUAAGCAAGCAGGAGCCAACCAGCUGGCUGCAUUCAACCACCUUCUACCAGGAGGCUUUCCUCCCACUGGCAUGCCCCCGCUGCCCCCGUACCAGCUGCCGGAUUCCACCUACCCCACCACCACCAUCUCCCAGGAUGGGGGCAGCACUGUGCACCGGCCACAGCCCCUUCCACCGUCCACCAUGCACCAGGGUGGACUGGCUGCGGCUGCUGCAGCUGCCGACACCAGCUCUGCGUAUGGAGCCCGUCACAGCUUCUCCAGCUACUCCGACAGCUUCAUGAAUCCGGGGGCUCCCUCCAACCACAUGAACCCAGUCAGCAAUGGCCUGUCUCCUCAGGUGAUGGGCAUCUUGAGUAACCCCAGUGCGGUGCCUCCGCAGCCGCAGGCCGACUUCUCCAUCUCCCCGCUGCACGGCGGCCUCGACUCAGCCUCCUCCAUCUCAGCCAGCUGCAGCCAGCGGGCAGACUCCAUCAAGCCUGGUGACAGCCUGCCCACCUCCCAGUCCUACUGCCCGCCCACCUACAGCGCCACCGGCUACAGCGUGGACCCCGUGGCUGGCUACCAGUACGGCCAGUACAGCCAGACUGCUGUUGAUUACCUGGCCAAAAAUGUGAGCCUGUCCACACAACGUCGCAUGAAGCUUGGGGAGCAUUCCGCUGUGCUAGGACUCCUCCCUGUGGAAACCGGCCAGGCCUACUAGGGCCCCUGGGGCGACUUGCCCCAGCCCAACCCCUCCUGACCCCUGAAAUUCCCUGCCUCAGUCCUCUCCAUGCCCCAGGGUCACAGGAGGCCAGGAAAGAAGCCCACUCCCUUCUCACAAGCAGCUCCCUGGAGAUGUGCAGUCAGUGUUGUCCUUCACCUGUGGCUAGACGCCCCAACUGGACCCUUGGAGCCUGCGUCUCCCUUUGUCCCCAGGAGGGCUCCUGGCCAGCCUGCAGUGCUCCCAACUCAAAUCCACUGUGGCCUCAGUGCCAACUCACCCUGGAAUCUGAGGCUCAUCCCAAAUGGCACACCUUGGCAUCCAGAUGGAUGGGGCCUGAGAUCAGGUCCUAGUGCCCUUUGCACCCAAAUCCUUUGGUGCCCUGGCCAGAGGUACAGGUGGAGUCCCGAGGCUGCAAGAUCUGUGAGCCCCCCCAAUGUGGGUCUCUGGCUUACUGACAGAAACACAAGCCCUUCCUCCUCUGGACACUGGGAUUCCAGUCCCCCCUGGGGGAUUGGCAGCAGGGCAGUCUCAGCUCUACCAAGAAUCAGAAGGACUCAGGACUCCCCCCUACACCCCUGCUUGUGUCAGGAAACCUAGCUCUGGUAGGAGAUGAGGGAGACCAGGAAGAGGCUCUGCCAGGGAGCGGGUAGGAACAGCGCGUGGGGCUUGUCAGCCAUGGGCUGGUCCAGGGUACCAGUUCUCAGCUCAGGCACCGGGAGGUAGAGGGCUCUUAGGCUAAAGCCUGAUUCUAAACUCACCCACUGCAUCAGGGUCUGGGAUGCAAGCAGAACCUUUUGGUUUCCUCGAUGGAACAGAGGGGAAAGUCUUAAGGCCACUGAGUGAAGGCGCACAGGGCUGGUUCUGGGGGGCUUCCCUCUGCGUGGUCCUCUUGCCUGUGAGCUGCCAGCCCUUGAGCCGAAGGCCUUAGCUCUCAGCCUCCAAGUUCACAGCCCGAAAGUUGAGACUCUGCACUCUGCCUCCCAACGAGACCAGACCCCAUCUUGCACAUACAUGUCCUCUAGGAGGGGACUUUGUCUUCCUGUGUGCCAGCUCCUUGGCCCUGUCUGAGUGCAGAGGGCUUCUUGUGGCACUUUCGACCAGGGAGGGCAGCCCAUCCCCAAAGACUAUCUAUUCCCCUUGGCAUUUUGGUGGGGGGCAUGUCCCUGUUCCACCCAAUCAAGUUGACUGGCUCCUGGGCCAAGAGGCUUCAGUCUCCCGAUUGGAUGCCUUGAUCUGGGGCACAUGCGGCCAGUUUUCAAGCUACCACCUCCUAGCAGAGGAAGACACCAAAAGGUCUAGAGGCAAGAGAAAGGGCACCUUCCUUGAGCCCUUGAGGGGCUCCCUCAAGCUCCAUUCUCUUUAAGCGCUGGGAUCUUUGGGGGAUGGGUCAGGCCCCCAAUUUUCCUCCCCAGAGCUCUUUACCUGUUGAUCACACUUUUAUUCAUCUUCACCAUGACCAUCACUACAGUCUGCACUUGGAUCUCCUUCUCCAUGUGCUGCUGGGUAUGGGGCACUUGUAAUGGGAGGUACGGCAUGGAACCCACCAACAUUGGACCCAAUUGCUUGUCUCCACCUGGACACAUGAGGCCACUUGUAUGCUCAGCCAGCAAGACAUUCCUGGAGGGAAGGGCUGCUGCUUUGGGAGCUCAUCUGAGUUUCUUCUUCCUGGGGGGCUGGGUUGACAAGAUGCUGGGGCACUUAUCUGCAUGGACAUUUCCUGUGUGACAAAUGCUCACCUGUUUCUCAUCUUCAGACCUGGUCAUAUCAAGCCUGUCCCAGGCUGUGACCCGGAUGGCUUAUGUCUAUGGUUUAGAGGAACCUAUUAAGAACUGAGGACAGACUCUUUGGUAGCAAUGGGCACCAGAUAGAUGUGGCUUACCAAGUUCAGCCAAGGUUUCAUUGGAGCAUCCACUACAAAGACUUUGGGUUCUUCAUGCUCUGACCAAAAGGGAAGAGCAUAUUGUUCCUGGGAAACCCAGUUCACAUUUCUGUAGCUGUCGCAGCUAGAAAGCAGUCCUUUUGAAAGACCAACCGCAUCUUCGUGCACAUUCCUGGAGACAUGGCUCAGAGUGUGUCUGAGUCUCUUUCUAUCCUAUGUGAGUCAGGAGCAGGGAUCUUAAGCAGGUAACCUCAAAACUGCCAGCCCACCCUAAGAGUCAGCUUUCUAAGGCUAGGACCAACCCCAAUUAUCUACCCCUAUGGCAAAAUGGAACCAAGACCUGCUUGGAAGUAAACCAAAUGUUUUCUCCUUAUGUCCAACACCUCUGAAGUUCUCCCAAGCCACCAUCUUGGCACAAAUGGGACUUAUUUUUUUGAUGGGCCCUUGACCUCAGUAGAUUUUUUUCCCCUAAAACCCCAUGUAUUCAUAAGUAGCCAACUCAGUCUAUGAAGUUCAGUUUGGGGCCAGUAGCUCUCAGCUUCAACAGAGAGCUGAUGUGGGUUGGACAAGAAACACAAGGCCUCAAUCUCUUUGGGGUUGACCACAGCCUAAAAGGCCUGAAUUCCAGUGGCCAGGACAGCCCAGAAAUAACCUCCCCAUCCCUGUAAAUAGAGCCCAUAGCAAGAUAAGAGAUGUCUCCUCCAACUUAUCCCUAGUAGCUACUGGUCCUACCCAUGGGGCCCUUCUUCUGAGCUCAUGUACAUUAGUUGGAAAUGUGGUGAUGUGCUGUUUGUUUAUAGGAAGUUGGCUUUUUACAUAUAAAUAUAUAUACUAAAAAAAGGAAAGAAACCCCCACAGUGUGUGUCGUGCUAGUGCCAGGGACCAUCUGUAGGGCUAUAUCUGCAUAUUAUGUGUUUCAAAUUAUACAUUCCAGGCUCGAUUGGCUUUUCAUUUUUGUUGCUUUUUUGUUGCUUUUUCAUUUGAUAUUUCUCUCUUGCUAUGAAGAAAAAAGAAGUGAUGUGUAAGAACCAAGGUAUGCUUUUAUACUCUUUAUUUUUGACUUGCUUCACUUUUCCUGUUCUUUUGCCAGAGGAAACAGAGAAAUAGGGGAGUAAGAGAGAAGGAGAGAAGAAUGAGAAAAGGUUGGAUUAGGAAGCAAAUGAAAAGGUCAGACUUACAGUCUUGACAAUGUCUGGAGAACAGGACAGGUCCUGGACUUUGAGCCCUCCAUCAAAACCCAGUGUUGUUUUGGAUGGAGCUGGUGAGACAUUUUGAGAUGUGGACCCUGGACCUGAGUGAGAAACUCUACAAUUGCCAACUAAAAAGACUUUCUCUGGGAUCCUAUCUCGUCAGACUCCUGAACGUGUUUUUUCCCAUUGGACACUUUUUAGGGUACACAAGUCUUCUCUCCUUCCUUCCUACAGAAGCACCAAGCCAAGACCAAAAUGGGGGGUACUCAGGCCGCCAUCUUUAAAUGCUCCAAGACAUCCAAGUAUUUAAUGUUUCUUCUGUCACCACUGACAUGGUCAACCCCCUACUGGGAAAUACCCACAUAGUGCUCUAGAACAUUCCUUCUUCCUAGUACCCACAACGUUGUUGCUUCAGUGUUUGACUCACAGCCAUUAUCCUCCAUGCGGGAGUGAGUGUGUGUGAGGGGGUGAGUGGGGUGCGCAUGAGGGCGCGUGUUUAAAUAUAAUCGCACCAUAAUUUAUUCAGCUAUAUGGAGUCGUAGACUAGAAGAGAAACUGGUAUUUGCUUUAACUACCUGCUGCUUGUAAGCGCUGCCUCUGUAACUCAGGCGUAACUGUUAUACAUUAAAACAAAUUAAAA